UGUCUGUAUGACGUCACGAAAUCUUCACUUGAGGCACGCGCCACGCAUGUUGAUAGAGAUUUACUUGUAAUUUACUAGUGUGCGUUGUUGAUUUCUUUGCUUUUACGUAAAUAACUAUUUAAAUUGACUCUAGUUGUAUUGGUAUCUCGUAUAGAAUAAUUGACCCCACCCUAAAGGUAAACCCCCCGUUGCUUUCUGUGAAGUCGCGUGCAGCAAUGAAAAUCGUGAAAAGACCAAACAUACUUCUGACAGGUACUCCUGGAGUGGGAAAAACCACUCUGGGAAAGGAGCUGGCGCAGCGAACGGGCCUGACCUACGUCAACGUGGGCGACCUGGCGCAGGAAGGGCAGCUGUAUGAUGGUUUUGAUGACGAAUACCAAUGCCCUAUCUUGGAUGAGGACCGGGUGGUGGACGAGCUGGAAGACAGGAUGGGUGAUGGAGGGAUGAUUGUGGAUUACCAUGGCUGUGACUUCUUUCCCGAGCGCUGGUUUCACAUUGUCUUCGUUCUGCGUACAGACAACACUGUCCUCUACAAUCGUCUGGAGAGCAGGGGAUACACAGGGAAGAAGCUUCAGGACAACAUCCAGUGUGAGAUAUUCCAGACCAUCUACGAGGAGGCCAUGGAGGCCUACAAGGAGGAGAUCGUCCACCAGCUGCCCAGCAACGAGCCUGAGGACCUGGAGAGGAAUCUGGACCAGAUAGUGCAGUGGAUAGAGCAAUGGAUGAAGGACAAUAAUUAAUGAUUUCCUCACAACACCAUCAUACAUUACAGCUCAGCAGCUCAGAAACAGACAGGGGUACACCAGCAUCUGUUCAGAGAGACAGUUUUAGUUGUGAUGUCACUGAGGAGCAAUGUCCCCAUAUGGUGUGCAAACGAAGAUGUAAUACCCGGUCAUUAACCAAUAUAUAUCUGCAAGCACCAGGGCUAUGACCGAUAAAGAUUACUUUUCAGUGUGAUUGUAGGUAGAAAUACUAUAUUCCCACAAAUCCAGCAUAUUUCAACUUGCAAAUAAGCAUGCGUUGACACUGUCCUCAGUUUACAUGUGCUUUGGUAUAGGGGAAAGGAUUAUCGAAAAUGGACUUGUGUAUCAGCCACCUGCUGCUUCCGCUGUUUAUCAGCAUGAAACUGUGCCUGCACUCUCCAAGCUGUAAGCAUAAAGUUGCAUUCAAUCUUAGCACUUUUGUUAACAUUAUAAGUGACUUGAUAUAUUUAUACACAGCAUUCCAGAGUUCAUUUGUUGAUUAAAAAUAAUGAAGUGAUAAUUGGUAUCGUAUUAAAAGACACUUGUAGCUAGAUGUUUACGAAUGCAGCAGCAGUAGAAUCUCAUCCACGUAAUGGCAAUAUGUAUGGCAAUAUAUCCCAUCCUCCCUUCCUCAUUCUAUAGCGUAUUUUCUGAACUUUUCCAUGUUAAUUCACUUAUUUUGGAGAACAGCUUGGAAAUUUCUUGUUUUUGCAUUAUCUAGUGUUGUUAGAACUUUUUCAAAAUAGAUAUUGCAAACAUUUGUCUCCCCAGCUUUUUUUGGCAGCCACAACAGUUAGCUUGCAAGUAAGUUAUGACCCAAUAUUCCUUGCAGAGGAGUAUUCCAAAUGAGGUGUUUACAUUAAUCAAUAAUAAUAAUAACAAGAAGAGUGUCCAACAUGUCCUGCUGGGCUUAUUCAUAAUUGGAAAACUGACUCAUUCAAGUUACAGUUAGUUAGAUCAGUUAUCAGUUAAAUUUAUGUCUUGAGAAGUUCACUAUUUUAUAAUGUACUACACAAUAGCAGAUGCUGAAAUUGGAGGUCACUUUCAUAUAAUGCAGUAUUCAGAUUGUAUGUGUCAACUGCUGUUCUAAUGUUUCCAUGAAACACUUGGAGGUUAAACAAGGAAGAAUAUCAUUCUGUUGGUAAGCUUUGUAUAAUUCUUUGUACCUCACAUUAAAUACUUAAUA